AUGACCGAUACUCCUGAUCCUCCGUCGACAGGCGGAGCCAGCUCCCAAGCGCUCAUAGCCAGCAUAUUGACUGUCUUCCUGAUAUCUAUUGCUGUGACAGCCUAUGUAGCGCACAGGAGUUCCCGCUUCGAACCCAUCAGGGAGGCUGUGCGCGUGCGCAUGGCAGGUUUUCGCUUUUCGCGAGGUCUGGAUCCUGACUUGAUUGCGCGCAUUCCGAUCGUCAAAUACCACGAUGGCCCGGUGGCGAAGGAUACGUCGGAGGUAGCAACACAUCACCACCGGGAAACGGUCACUCGCGAGACUGCCUCAGCUACAACGCCGUUGGGUUUCUGGUCGCAGCUACAGAAGACUGUCAGCCGCAUCAUACCGGGCAAUUCGACCCCAAAAAAUAGUACUUCGGCCGCAAGAGAGUUUCCAUCGAGUUGUUCGAUCUGCACCGAAGACUUCGCCGAAGGCGACGACCUUCGAAGGCUCACAUGCGGCCACCUAUUCCACAUGCCCUGCAUUGAUCCAUGGCUACAGGAUCGCUCGGAUAGAUUUGGAGGCACAGCUCGCCUUGGAUGA